AUGGCACUGUCUCGCAGCCUCGAGCUUAAGCUGGGUGAGUUGGGCAACCAACCACCUCGCCCGCGUGGAGCCGUCGGAAAGUCACAGGCAAAUGGGAAGAAGCCCUACGAUGUGAUCAAGCUGAAAGACGUGGAGUCGAGGCCCAGCAGAACCACCGCUGAAGCUGUCGCAGACGAGGAUCUCACUCCAACGCGCGCCAGUACGGCUACAUCAAUUUCUGAUUCACCUCGCACUGCCUGGCACAACCUUAUGCCCGUGAAGGUGCCAGUCUCGUCAUGCUGGAAGGAGAUCGCCGCCCAAUGUUCGUCCCCGAUGCGAGUGGCAACACCCACGAGCUCUCAAGUCAUGGAUGCAAUGGAUGCAACCGAUCCCACAAGCAGUGCAGCUCCAGUCUGCAAGCUCUGGCAACUUUGCUGGCUUCCGAGCAGGCUGGAUUCACUUCCUCGAGCACCUUCUACACGACCUCUCCGUUUGCCUGGCGUGCCCUGGACUCGAGAGGCCAUCUCCGUCUCCCCAAAGGUUUGCCGGGUUUGCCCCACCUGGCCUUGA